AAUAUGCACUUAGACCACGUGGGAUGGUAGUGGCUUGAUGAAACAUUUGGCGUUGACAAAGUUGUGUGUGGGUGUUUCUGUGCAUGUGUCUUGAAGCAGAGGGACAGAAAGCCCUCCUUGGUACUGACUGGCAGAAAAGGAGAAAAGCCAACAGGCUUCCAGCCAAUCCCCUCGGCUGCUGGGUUCUCCAAAGAAGAAGUUUCUGCAACUAGACAAACAUGUCAGGAGGCAUGUUACAGAAGCUCUUAGUCUGGGCAGCGUUUCUGCUGAUGGAAGGUUCAAAGUCUCAUUCAGAGGAGUCUGUGCCGCAUAUCAUUGACCAUCCCUCUGACCUCGUGGUACGUUGGGACCAGCCUGCAACCUUGAACUGCCGUGCCGCUGGGAACCCAAUGCCCACCAUUGAGUGGUAUCGCAAUGGGGAGUAUGUGAAGACGAACAAAGAUGAUGGCACCUCCCAACGCACCCUUCUGCCGGGUGGGUCCCUCUUCUUUCUCCGCCUCAACCAGAAGAAGGGGAAAUCAGAUGAAGGGGUGUACAACUGUGUGGCCAGAAACCACUUGGGCACAGCCAUUAGCAAGAACGCCUCGCUUUAUGUGGAAGCUCUGCAAGAAGAGUUUCUGCUUCAUCCCAGUGACUUGGUAGUGACCACUGGAGAACAGUUGUUGCUGGAAUGCAUACCCCCUAGAGGACAUCCGGAGCCUGUCGUCUCAUGGAAGAAGAAUGGAGUGCCCAUAAAUGAGGAAAGUGGUCGUUAUGAGGUCUCCAAUGCAAAGCUUCUGGUAGUCCAUGCUCUGAAGAGUGAUUCAGGAGCAUAUGUUUGCAUGGCCACCAAUCAAGUCGGAGAGAGAGCAAGCCAAGCAGCUCUGGUUUCUGUUUUGGAAAAGCCAGUAUUCACUCGGCGCCCUAAUGACGUUGUGGCCAAGCUUGGCAGCACUAUCCUGUUCAUGUGCGGAACCUAUGGAGACCCCACACCCGUUGUCCAGUGGCACAAGGAAAAUGGAGAGCUUCCCUCUGGAAGGUAUGAAGUCAACCAAGAAAACACCCUUCAGAUUCACCAUCUGACAAUGAAUGAUGCUGGGAAAUACAUUUGUACUGUUCGCAACCAGGUGGGAACCAUCUCUGCCAAGGCAUCUUUAACAGUCCAGGAUCCACCAGACACAGGCCAGAGGGAACAGGACAGACCAAAAGAUGUAUUGAAGGAGCUGAUGGAGGUCAGGGUUUACCUGGCAAAUGUCACUGCUGUCCCCUCCACUCCAGCAGCCCACCUGCACUGGAAGGUUGUCUCCGCUUCCCAGCACAUAGAUGGUUAUGGGGUGUUCUAUCGCUCCUUGCUGCCUGCAGUCACACCCUGGGCUGAAUGGAAUGUCCCAAGAGACCACCGUGCCAUUGUUCCGGGCCUUGAGAGAGGUUCUAAGUAUGAGUUCAAGGUGCGACCGUAUUCAGGGAAGGUCUAUGGCUCAGAAAGCAAUAUGAGACACCUCUGGAUUCCAGAAGAAGCACCUGGAGCUGCCCCUGAGAGUGUCAGCAUCACCACGUUCCAAGAUAGGAAUGGCACUGUGAUAAUCCACUGGGAGCCCCCUUCACACGACAUGCAGAACGGUAUCAUCAGGGGCUACCAGGUCUGGUUCCUGGGCAAUGAAACUCUUUAUGGCUUUAACAGGACCGUAGACGGGAAAACACACAGUCUAGAAGCAACAGGCCUUGCUAAUGGGCAGAAAUAUUGUGUCCAGGUGGCAGCAGUCAACGGGGCUGGCAUCGGAGUGGCAAGCAACCCUGUAUGCAGUGCUAUAGAGCCGACAGUCGAGAAGAUGGCAAAGACCCCAGACUUUGCAUCCAACAACUACAUUCUGGAAGUAGUGCGCCAGCCUGUCUUCAUUGCCAGCAUGGGCUCAGCCCUCUGGAUCAUGCUGAUGGUGCUGGCAGUUUAUGUUUGCCAGCAGCAAGCCAGGCGGUAUGGCCGGGGGCGGCAGUAUGCCCUAGGUGAAGGUUUGUACAGGAAUGCAAGUGAUGACACCAUCAUCAAACACAGGGUAGACUCGAGUGAUUCCCCAUGGCUUUCAAACACAUGGAAAUCGACCUCAGGCUCUAAGAACUACAGCAGCAGCAGCAGCAUGAGCAGCCAACUCCUCUGGACUGAGCCCAAAGACAACCAGGAAUUCCACAAAUCUACUGUGUCCUUUGACAGACAGAGCGAAGGAUCCCGCAUCCAAACGGCUCCUUUGGUGCCUGAUAGUAGGAGCAGCAGCCUAUAUGGGGCCCUCUAUGUAGAUCUUCCUGUGAAAGACCUGAAAACCUUCUACAAUGCCCCUCUGCCUCACCUGUCCAACCCCAGCCUGCAUACUGUGGAAGUGGCAUGUACUGGUGGGCAGAAGUUCAUGCCCCACUGCAGUCCGAAUCCACGGAUGGCCAAUGCCAGGGGAGCAGCGCGACAAGGGCCAUGGAAGACAAAUGGUUCCCUAUCUCCAAAUCUUAUACCCCAGAGAUCCUGGGAUAAAAAUAGCAAGAAAGAGCUACAGCAAGCGCACAGCACACCCAUGCCACCAUCUAGCUUUGCAGCAGACUGGAACAGCCAUGGGAGCCGGACCAGUUCUUGUAUUAGUUCUGGAAAGCCCCGGAGAAUUCAUGGGGAGAUGAAAAAGGUGCUGAAAACAUACAGCUCCCCAAAAUUCUCGCACUGCAGCACCUCACAGAACAUUGCUGGCUUGUUGCCUCCUCCUCCUCCCAUCCCUCCGGGUUUUCAAGCUCCCCAGGAUCACAGUGCUCAGCAAGAGUGUACCUGCACUUGCUAUAUGGAUCCUCCUGUGGACUUGGUGCUCCAGGAACAGGACAAGGAUUCCCUGCAGGCAACCAGUGAAUCCCUGGAAGAAAGCCACACCUUCCCAACGCUGCCUUACAGCCAUCUUUCUGCAGCCUUAAUCUCUGUGUCUAUUGAUGAUGACAGAGAGACAGUUCUAACCCCUGAGGAAGUGGCCGAGUACCUGGAGCUCAGCGAGGAGGCAGAGCAUCAAAGGCAGCAAAAUGGCAGCGCCUCUGCUCUCCCUCGGGUUUCCUGUCCACCUCAUACCUAUGGCUACAUUUGCAGCCCGCUGCCCUCUGAGCUGCCAGAAAACAGUGCUGUGGAGGACGACGACCCCAACAUGGAGGAGGAAGGUGGCUGUCAUUCCACAAAGUUCUUCCACAGUUUCCGCUGGACUUCUUCGUCCAGCCUGAGUGAGGAUGAUGCCUCGCUGGGGGGCUCCUUGCUCAAUGGGUGGGGCUCUGUCUCAGAGGACAAUGGCACCAGCACACGCUGCAGCCUGGUCAGCUCUUCCGAUGGCUCCUUCCUUGUCGACGCCAAUUUUGCCCAAGCUCUGGCAGUAGCAGUGGACAGUUUUUGCUUUGGGCUGACUCCGCGGGAAGUUGACAAGGCAUUGACAGACUUUUUGCCUUCAGCAUCCCCUCUCAGUGGACUCCUGCAACCACGCACAUCCUUGGAAAGCUCAGAGGGAGCACAGCAGAAGCCCGGAUCACAGCCCCUUCCUGCGUGGGAGUGGAGCACAGAUUGGGUGGAUGAGAUGGAAGCCAAGUACACGCAGCAGGCUGAGAACUGGAGCGCCGUUCCAGAGUCGGGAAAGGGAAAGGCAGCAGCAGCGCUGGGAGAAACCCAGCCACCCACUCCUGCCUUGCAGGGAAUGAAGGGUGCCUCCAUGUCUGACUCAAUCAGUUCUCCGGAUGGAGCAGUUGGUGCCAUCCAGGCCCCUUUGACCGCUACCCAGGACUCUGGGUCAGGAACCUUUGCCAUUCCAAAAAAAGGAGAGGAACCAGUCGUGGAAAAGCAGCUCACCAUGCAAAACAAAGGGAGUCGCUGAGAAGCCUGGGAGAGCCCAUCUGAGCGUGGGCAAAGGUGCGUGGAGGCUGCCCCCCAAGCAGGCUCCUCCAACACUUCCCCGGGAGGGGGAGGGGUGGGCCAGGAUCAGAGAGCUGCUGGCCAGCAUCUCCUGUUGGCCGGUAGACUUUCAUCGAUCUAGGCUUUGGCCAACAAGCCUCCGCUUAGAUUAUAUUCUUCAUCCCUCCUGGGAGGGAUUUCCACAGCUGUUCUUCAAUGGUUUGUGAGUACUUUAGCCCAUUUGGUUUGGCAGCAGUGGUGCUUUGCAGAACUUCGGAAAGUCCCUUCCCAUGCAAUCUUCUCACGGGGAGAGGCAACCCCCCCUGCCUGAAACCCUGGGCUGACAGCAGUACUGAGCUUGAGGGACCAACAGUCAGUUUCAGCAUAAGGCAGCUUCCUGUGUAGCCCUCCCUCUCCCUGGUUCAUCCAUAACAGUGUUUGUAAAAUAUGUGGGAGAAGGAACCUGCCCAUAUCGUGCCUCACUUGGUAGCUUUGAGACUCAUUCAGACACCCUGCAGUUCUAUGCACACUUACUGGGGAGCAAGCCUCACUGAACAUAGUGGGACUUCUGGGUAAACACGCAUAGGAUUGGGCUGUCAGUGAGUCAGAUCUGAGAACCAUCACCUUCCGUUUUCUUCUUGGUGUCCCAGGGUCCUUUAAAAAAAAAAUGAGGUCAAUGGGUUGUAUCCAUUGUAACAAGUUAAAGUCACUUUCUAUUAUAUUUGUUCCGCUGGUAAAAUGUUUUGUGCCGGCGGCACAUUGUUGCACAAGAGAAUGCAUAAGCAGGUGGCUGAUAACUUUGUUGCAUGAGAGAUUGCACACUCUGUUGCGCAAUGAGUUUCUGCUAGCGGAACUGUUGCAUUCUGUUGUGGCACGUCAAAACUCACUGUAUCCACUAAUGUGAGAGACCUUGCAGUAGCAGCCAGAGAACGCCGGAUGCAGCCCAUAGUUGCCAGUUUUUGAACUGGUCGUCAUCGCUGCCCAUUUAGCAGCACAGUGAUCUGCAGCCCUGAGCAGGUAAACCAGUGGUGCAAUGGCAUCAUUUUAGACGGUGGUCUUAAUGGUCUUAUGUGCCCCCACACACCUCUGUAGAUGGCAAUGGGUUUUACUUAACUUACUUCAAAAUGUGGUAAGCACACUUGCUGCGUUGGGAGGCCCCCUUGCUCAUGCUGAAUGGGUCCCUGGACAUCUGCCCCGAAGUCCUAUCCUGAUGGCACUGCUGAGCUGAUUGUGUUUCUCUCUGCCCCAAGAAAAGCUUCACCUGCUGAUUCCUGCAUAAAAAGGGAGAGGAGCAAGCCAGAUCAGUGUUCUCUUCUUCUUCUCCUCCUGGCCAAGUUGGCAACUCUUCAGAGGUCUGGUCAUCGCAUGAGCCUCUGAGGCGGAGAUCAGUAUCGGGAUAAUGAAGAAAAAUCCUUGGGGUUUUUUUCUCGUUGGCUUCCCUACCAGGAUCCCUCAGCUUCUGCCACCGUCUGGGUUGCCAACUUGCAAGGACAUUUCUAUUAGAGGCGGGGAGGGGGACAGAAGGCCCACUGUUUCUAAUCUUCUACUUAACCAUUGAUUUGCAAGGUUGCAGAUUUUAAAGGUUUGGUCUGAGAUCCAACACCAACACUGUCCCCUUGCAGCCUGGGGUGGUGGCCUUUAAAAAAGAGAAAGGAAGAAGCAGGGAAAAGAGCAACUGGGUUAUUGUGGGUUUUUUUUAAAAGACACUUGGGUGGAUCUUUGCCUGUGCACAUGUGGUGGUGGAUUGCCUUCAAGUCGCUCCCGACUUAUGGCUACCUUAUGAACAGGGUUUUCAUGGUAAGCGACAUUCAGAGGGGGUUUACCAUUGCCUCCCUCUGAGGCUAGGCCUCCCCAGCUGGCUAGGGCCUGCUCAGCUUGCCACAGCUGCACAAGCCAGCCCCUUCCUUGUCUGCAACUGCCAGCUGGGGGGCAACUGGGCUCCUUGGGACUAUGCAGCUUGCCCACGGCUGCACAGGUGGCAGGGCACGUAACCCCUGAGCCACUCACUGUGGGGUGAUCUUUAGCUGGCCCUUGACACCCAGGAGACACGAGUGGGGAUUUGAACUCACAGACUCUGGACUCCCAGCCAGGCUCUCCUCCCCACUGUGCCAUACCAGCUGUGUGCCUGUGCACAUACCAUGACUUCCCGAAAGAAUCCUGAGAACAGUAAAUUGUUAAAGGUGCUGGGAAUUGUAGCUCUGUAAACGGUAAACUAUAGCUCCCAGGAUUCAUUUCAGGGGGGAAGCCAUGUGCUUUAAAUGUAUGGUGUGUAUGCAGGCUCUGUUGCUUUUCCUGUUUUUAACAUUUAUGCAGGAGAACCAUCCCUGUUACCGGAAAAACCUUCUUCUUUUUGAAUGUCUGCUCUACUAAUUGUGCCUGAUAUGCCAUAGCUACUAAUUUGUUUUUGUAUGCAUGUGGCCUUAUUGUGUAAAUAAACCGAAAACUUUCCAGAAA